AUGAAGAUAAAGAACAACGGUAAAGUAUACCAAUCUCCAUCCUCAUCCUCAUCUUCUUCCUCAUCUUCUUCUUCAGUGAUUCCAUGCCAUUCCGAUGGAGAUUUUCUCUCUGUGUUAAAGCUUUUCCCAACUACGAUUCUAGCUCUAGCUUCUGUUCUUUCUCUUGAAGACCGUGAAGUCCUUGCUUACAUGAUUACCCACUCCAUGAAAACCACAACCCCAUCUCCAAUCACGCAAGAUUCCAAGCGAAAACCUCCAAAGAAAGCCCCAAAUAGCCACAACAAGAACAGUAACAACAACAACAGCAAUACCACCAACAAUACCCAUAAGCCACCUAUGUUUGAGUGUGACUGUUUUGACUACUACACAAGCUACUGGUUCAAAUGGGACUCCUCGCCAAACCGCGAGCUCAUCCACCAAGCCAUUGAAGCGUUUAAGGACCACUUAGCUCACGGCGAGAAGUCAAAGAAGGUCAACGGCAGAGGCAAGCAUAGAGACAAACCCACUCACCGUGUCCCAGAGAAACCCUCCUCCGAUGAUGUUUCUGAAACCCCAUUACCAGAAAUUGAAGAAAGCUUCAAUUUUUCUAAGGAGAAAGAUGAUAAAGUUGUUGUGAUAGCUGAUGAUGAUGUUGAAGAAAGGGAUACUGAGAAGUACGAGGUCGAAGAGUGCGAGGAAGACAAUAAGGAAGAAGAGAUGGUCACAGUUCGAACAAUGGUGGCGGCGACAACCAACAACAACACACCAGUUGUUAAAAUCAAAAUCCUACAUAAGACUGGUGGAUGA